AUGGCGACGCCUCAACAAAAGGCUCAAUGUGUUAUUUGGCUCAUAGAAACUAAUUCUGUUGUUACUGUACAAAGAAAAUUUCGACGUAGCUAUGGUGUUGACCCGCCUACAGACAAAACAAUUCGUCAGUGGUUAAGUGCGUUCAAGGAAACAGGAAGUGUUUUGAAGCAAAAGUCGUCGGGUAGGCCGCGUGUGUCUCAAGAGAAUGUGGACAGAAUCCGAGCUUCAUGCACUCGAAGCCCUAAUAAAUCGGUAACAAGACGCAGUCUGGAGUUGGGGUUACCAAGAUCAACAGUCCAUAAGGUCAUUCAUAAAAGACUUCGUUUAACUGCCUACAAGAUUCAACUUUUACACCAUAUGAAACCGGCAGACAAGGUUAAGAGAUUCGACAUUUCUGUUUCCAUGCUGGAUAAAAUUGAUGAAGAUAAUGAUUUUUUAAAAAGUGUGGUUUUUAGUGAUGAAGCUACUUUUCAUGUGAACGGAACUGUAAACAGGCAUAAUUGCAGAAUUUGGGGUUCAGAGCCGCCCCAUGAGUUUAUUGAGUACGAACGUGACACGCCCAAAGUGAAUGUUUGGUGUGCUCUUAUGCAUGACAGAGUCAUAGGUCCCUUCAUUUUUGCCGAAAGGAAUAUCAAUGGUGAUGUCUAUUGUGACAUGUUAGAGGAGUAUGUUUAUCCUCAGUUGGAUGACAUUGAGGCGGAGAAAGGUUUAGUUUACUUCCAACAAGAUGGGGCGCCGCCACACUUCAGUUUGCGUGUGCGUGAGUCACUGGACGCUCGUUUGGGAAACAGGUGGAUUGGAAGGGAAGGACCUAUUCCAUGGCCACCAAGGAGCCCUGAUAUGACUCCGUUGGACUUUUUCUUCUGGGGGCAUAUCAAGAAUCUUGUGUAUGCGGAAAAAAUUCGAAAUGUUCGCCAUCUCAGGGAACGAAUAGUGAAUUGCGUGGCGUCCGUUCCCCCAGACAUGCUCGCCAGGACAUGGGAAGAGGUAGAAUACCGUUUCGACGUGUGCCGUGCCACUAACGGAGCUCACAUUGAACUUUACUAA